AUGACCAAGGUUAACAAGACCCUCCACUCCUCGAGGCGCAAGUCGCGCAAGGCGCACUUCGGUGCUCCCUCGAGCAUCCGCCGCAACAUCAUGAGCGCCCCUCUGAGCAAGGAGCUGCGCGAGAAGUACAACGUCCGCAGCAUCCCCAUCCGCAAGGACGACGAGGUCACCAUCGUCCGCGGCACCAACAAGGACAAGGAGGGCAAGGUCACGUCAGUCUACCGCCUCAAGUACGUCAUCCACAUUGAGCGCGUCACCCGCGACAAGGCCACCGGCGCCUCGGUGCCCCUGGGCAUCCACCCCAGCAACGUCGUCAUCACCAAGCUCAAGCUCGAUAAGGACCGCGAGAGCAUCCUGGAGCGCAUCAAGGGCGGCCGCGAGGCCUCGGCCAAGGCCCGCGGCAAGGCUUAA